AUGGACGUCAACCUCUCCAAGGAAGAGGGCGUCCGCAUCGCAGUCGUCGGCUGCGGCCACGGCGUGCUGAACGACAUCUACGCUUCUGUAGAAGAGGCCGCCAAACGGGCGGGCUGGGACAGUGGUCCGGAUCUUCUCAUCGUCGGCGGUGACUUCCAGUCUGUCCGCAACCUGUACGACCUCAACUGCGUCAGCGUGCCACCAAAGUAUCGCGAACUGGGCGACUUUCAUGAGUACUACUCUGGCGCCCGGACCGCACCAUACCUGACCCUCUUCGUCGGUGGCAACCAUGAGGCGAGCAACUACCUCUUCGAGCUCUACUUCGGCGGGUGGGUCGCACCAAACAUCUACUUCAUGGGCGCUGCCAACGUGCUUCGCUUCGGACCACUCAGGAUCAUGGGAAUCGGCGGCAUCUACAAGCCCUACGACUACCGCGAGCCUCAUCACGAACGACUGCCUUACAGUGAGAACGAUAAGAAGACCGUCUUCCACACCCGUGAGCUGGAUGUCAGCAAGCUUCAUCAGAUCCGCACGCAUCUCGACAUCUGCAUGAGCCACGACUGGCCAAACGGCGUGGAGUGGUGUGGCAACUACGAGCAGCUGUUCAAGUUCAAGCCUCACCUUGAGGAAGACGCUAGGAACCAUCAGCUCGGCAGUAUGUCAAGCAAAGUCCUGAUGGCCAAUCUGAAGCCACGCUUCUGGUUCAGCGCUCACUUGCACUGCGAGUACGUCGCCAAAGUCCAAUGGGACAAGCCUGCCGAGAAACAGCAGGGCAACAAGGAUGAGAUCGACCUCGAGGCCGAUGACGACGACAACGAUGCGCGUGCAGAAUUGCCAGAGGUCUUCCACGGCAAUGGGCUUUCAUACCAUGAGAGAAUUGAAGAUGCACGCUACAGGAUUACGAACAAGACCACCAAGUUUCUGGCGCUCGACAAGCUCCUUCCAGGCCGAAGAUUCAUGCGUGCAAUCACCAUCCGUCCGCGUAAAAACCAAGACAUCGUUGCGGAGCGUCCCUUCAAACUCACAUACGACCCGGAAUGGCUUGCCAUUACACGCGCCUUCGCCCAGCAAGAGCCCCUCACCGUUGGAGACCCGUCUGCGGAAGUCCCGGGGGUCAAGGGGUGGUUCGAGACAGCGAGGCUGAUAGACGACAACUGGACCUGGAUCAACGAGCACCUCAGCGAAGCCGAUUUGAUCGUCCCCGAGAACUUCGAAAUCACUGCUCCUGUAUACGACGGCGGCAGGCUGCGCGACAUCGGCAACUAUGGUCGAGUCAGAGAGUACCCGAACCCACAGACCCAGCGUUACUGCGAGCUGAUCGAGAUCGAUAACCCGCUCGAGGUCUCAGACGCCCAGAUUGAUGCGAACGUGGCCAAAGGUGAGACCUUUUUUGUAGUUCGUGAGCGCUCUAAUGCUUACGAUAUGUAUCGUCCAGGCCCCACUAGAGGCGGAGGAGCUCAUAGAGGAGGAGACAGUGGAGGUCGCGGCGGAGGCAACAGAGGCGGGCGUGGAGGAGGUAACCGAGGCGGUCGUGGAGGCGGCCACAGGGGAGGUCGUGGAGGCAAGAACAAUCGUGGCUACGGAGACCGUGGAGGUAGGGCUCGGAACCUCUUCAACAUUUACUCCGGAUGA